AUGAUAAUAAGAAGCUUGUUACGCGCCCAAGCACCGAAGAUCGCGGGGAGGAGAUCUUUCCGCAUCCCCACUCGGACAUUUAGGACAACGCGAAGAUACUCGACUUCGAACGCUGAGAUGGCUUCACCUGUGCCUCAGAGCCAAGCGUCUAUGCUUGCCACGAUAACGACGGAUUUGGAUAAGAUUGCGCCGCGAUUUGAGAUUCAGCCAGAUCAAAUUGAGAUUCUUCAGACGCCUGCUGAGUUCUAUCAAACAUUGAAGGACAAAAUAUCCAAAGCUCAAUACCGGGUCUAUCUAUCGACACUCUACAUCGGCAAGACCGAACAUGAACUCAUCUCAACUAUCCGAGAUGCUCUCCAACGUAACCCCAACCUUAAGAUCUCUUUCCUCACCGACGCUCUUCGCGGAACUAGGGAAACACCAAAUCCUUCGACUGCCUCUCUCAUGACACCUCUCAUCUCGGAAUUCGGUCCAGACCGCGUAGAAGUACGCAUGUACCAUACACCCAACCUAACUGGCCUGCGAAAGAAGUACAUCCCAAAACGCAUCAACGAAGGCUGGGGUCUGCAGCACAUGAAGCUGUACGGUGUAGACGAUGAAAUCAUCAUGUCCGGUGCAAACCUGAGUGAAGAUUACUUUACGAAUCGACAGGAUCGCUACCAUCUGUUCAAAUCAAAAGACCUGACAGACUACUUCAAGAGGAUACACGAUGGCGUCGCCAAGUUGAGCUUCGACAUACAGCCAAGCAACCAAGAGGGAAGCGGAGGUUAUACCAUGACCUGGCCAACAACCAACGCCGCGCCCUCACCACUAGACUCCCCCUCGAACUACAAAUCCGCCGCGGAGAAGCACCUCGCCCACCUUCUCCUACCAUCUAAUUCCCCGCCCACCACAUCUCCCUCACCCUCCACCUCAAAAACAACAAUCUACCCCAUCCUCUCCCUCGUCCCCCUCCUCCCCUCCUCAACCGAACUCCCCGCUCUAACAAAAAUCCUAACUCACCUCACCACACCCCCCUUACAAAACUCGUCCUGGACCUUCACAGCCGGCUACUUCAACAUGACGCCCUCCUUCCGGCGCCUCCUCCUCUCCACCCGCCCGGCCUCCGGCACAGUCCUAACCGCCCACCCGCACGCCAACGGCUUCUACGGCUCCAAAGGCGUAAGCGGCAUGCUCCCAGCCGCAUACACACACCUUGCGAAAUCCUUCUUGCGCAAAGUAAAACACCAAGGCCUCAGCGAGAGCAUCGUGCUCAAAGAGUGGAAGAAGGGUAUGGUGGGCCAGGAGGGCGGGUGGACGUAUCAUGCCAAGGGGCUGUGGGUUACGUUUCCUUCUACCAAUGGUGGGGGAGGGGAGAAGGAAGAUCCCAGUCUGACGGUUAUCGGGAGUAGCAAUUAUACGAAGAGGGCGUAUGAGUUGGAUCUUGAGGCUAAUGUUGUUAUUGCGACGGAGGAUCCCGGGUUGAGGAAGAGGUUGGGGGAGGAGGUUAGGUGGUUGGGGGAACACGCGAGGGAGGUGGGUGAGAAGGAGUUUGAGAGGCCGGAGAGGAAGGUUGGGAUGGAUGUUAGGAUGGCGAUGUGGGCUGUUAGGGUGUUGGGUGGUGCUUUGUGA